AUGCCCCGCACCGGUGACGUCAUGAUCCUCAAGUCCGACCAGACCCUCAAGCCCUGCAAGGACUUCACCGCCCAGAUCCAGACUCUCGACAUCCCCGGCGAGGUCAAGGCCGGCUACAGCCCCAUCGGCUUCGUGCGGUGCGGCCGCUCCGCCUGCAAGAUCACCAAGAUCAACUGGAAGGUCGGCAAGGAGACUGGUGGCAAGAAGCUGGACGCCCCCCACGCGCUCAAGGCCAACGAGAUGGCGGAGGUUGUCUUUGAGCCCUGCCAGCCCCUGGUGGUGGACCACUUCAAGGCGUGCGAGGGCCUGUCCCGCAUCGCUUUCCUGGACGGCAACACCGCCGUCAUGCUCGGCAAGGUGACCGCCGUGAGCCACAAGUGA